CUUUUCUUCUCUGUAGAACACUGAUCUGCAGCUUUUACUAGCAAAAGCAGAGAAGGGUUACUUUGAAAACCAGCUGAAGCUGGACCGGGUGUCAGGGGAGAAGCAGGCCCUGCUGCAGGAGAACAGGAGCCUGGAGGGAGGCCGAGAUGAACUCCGACACAAGCUGAGACAGAUUACAGAAGAAAAUGUCCAAAUUAAACAGAGUGAGAUGAAUUGGAGGCGCAGAGCGAUGGCGUCGGAAGAGGAGGGCAAAAAGGCCCACCAGGCUCAACAGGAGGCCGAGGCCGAGAGGCGUCUGGCUGAGAAGGAGCGGCAGGAGAGAACAGCCGAGUGUCUCAGCUGGAGGGAGAAGCACCAGGAGUUAGCCGAAAGGUUCAGAGCUCAGGAGGACCUGAAGGCUCUGAGGCAGAACAAAGCAUGUCAAGCCAACAUCAAGAGUUAUUUCCUCUGCAUGACAGAAAGCGAUCAGAGGGUGAAAAUUCUCAAAAAUCAAGACGGCAUGCCAAGACAUUUCACGGAGGGAGACCCUGUAUACAUCUCCACCCCUGAGUCCAGUCCUGAAGAGCCUGAAAGAAUUCCAUCCAGGACCAUGUUCAGGGUCUCUGCCCCACACACGGGGAGGGAUCUGGGCCCGAGUCACUUUGAUGAGCUGCCCCCCUUUGGAGGAGAGCGGCCUGACUCUGCCCCUCCACGCCGGAGCAGGAAGGUGGUGGACUACUUCUGGAUCCCUACAGAUCAAGAAUAAUAAAAAAUUAAUGUUU